AUGGCUUCUUCUGAAAUCCCCCAGCACCCUGUUUUCAAAGAGUUUGUGGCAUUCAUCCGUUAUUUACCAUCUCUUGGUGAUGAGUCUGGCAAAUUUGCUGAAUGUUUAGGCCACGCUGAAAAGGAAAAUCGCAAAUGUCACAGACCCAACGCUAAGACCAAGCAAAAGGACGCCGAGGAUCUCUGGAAGUCUUUCAAAGGCAAGGACAAGUGCCCAGACGAUCUCGCUUUUUAUGAAAAUGUCGAAAUCUUUCUGACAAUUGUCCAUUGUUGGGACCAUAUUAAGGAUGCCCGGCCUCUAUUCAACAACUGGAAGCAACAUCGAGUUGACAACUUGUCUUGCACUUCACUUCCAAGCACGUCACCCGACUCUUCUCUCAUCGACCACGAUAUUUUGCCUCCCUUAGUUCCUUUCACGAAGGAUGAUACCCCACAAACUCCAAGAAAGCGUGCGAGUUUCAGCUUAUCUUACGCUUCAGAUGAAGCAUCGCUGCCGGGCACACCAGAUUCGGAUAGGGUGUUCGACUCUCCCAGCGAUUGCAAUAUGACACCUUUCUCGAGCCCUCCUACCGCGGACUACUAUUCACCACAAGCUUGGAAAGAAAGUAGUAAUUCCGGCUCGGACGGCUUCUUUCUGUCUCCGAGCCGGAGACUCUUUGAAAGCCCACCAUUCUAUGCAGAUAAAGAUAACUCCGCCACUGAUUGCGAUCAGAAGAUCACUUCCACUGUGGCCAUCAGUACUACCUCGACAGCUGUGGACGCACCUGGCGAUGUUGGUAAACCAGGUGUUGUUGUGGAUACUAUCAUCGAGAUCAAUACCGCAUCCCCUCAGGAACUUUCGAAAGAGUUUCCCAUCAUGAUUAAGAAAGAGUACAGCAUUGAAGAGACAACCACCAACAUUUCAAUCACGCAGGCCAAUGCACCGGUUGCUGAUAACCCACUCGCAGGCGAUACGGCUGUGGGCAAAUGCUCCCUUAAGCGACAAGGAACUCUAAGAGGCGGAGGGCCCAUCCUGGUGGAAAUUUAUGACUAUCUUACACCCAUACAGCUGAAGAAAGGCAUCGUGUAUGUUCUACAACAUAAAGAACAUGCCGACAUCUUCAAGAUCGGGUUUUCCGAGCAUAGUGCCGACAAGAGGCUCAAUCAACCGGGCAACUGCUACCGUGACUUCUACAAACCCAUCUACGAAUCGGCCCAGUUUUUUGCUGCUCACAAAGCCGAGGCCAUUGCUAUGGUGUUCCUCAGAGGCAUGAACCUGCACAUCACCAAGUGCUACAAGUGUGGAAAGAAACAUCGUGAGUUGUUCCAGGGUGAUAAGGAAAAAGUCGUUGGCACGGUGCAGGCGAUGGUGAGUUUUGUCCGCGAUGGUGCUUAUGAGAAGGACAAAGACGGAGUGUGGAAGUUGUCGGCGUAUGCAAACAACAAGGUCGAAUUCUCGCCCAUGGGACUUUUGGCCUCUGAGGAACUGCAGAAGGGGCCAGAAAGCACCCAGCCCAAGUCUGAGUCUGAGCCUGAGGAUACUAUUGAUGCAAAACCCAUCACUAUUGAACAUACUACAAUUGUUCAAGUCGCGGUCGAUAUCCACAUCGAAUCAACGGAGGUUGACGAAUCGACAAGUAAGCCGCCAGCACUACCAAAGAAAUCGAGACCAAGCAUAGGAACGAUGUUAGGCAAACUCAAGACCAAGAUCUCAGGGCCAUCUCGAGAGUCUACGCCUGAAGUUGAAGACGCACAAGAGCCAUCCAAGACACCAAUAUUUACUGAAGAGAAUAUUGUCAAGACUCUCUGGUUUCUUAUCCGAGACGAAGAUAAGCCCGAAAAUUGCUUCGAGGAUGGAAAGGGUCCCCGGACCUGGGGAUCUCUCGCCAAGGGCGUCGAUAAGGUAAAGGACAAAUUAAUGGGGGAUUACACAAAGGCCAGAGCAGGUUGA